AUGCACCCGCAGGACCCCGCCCGGGGCUGCGUGGGGGACCAGCCGGGCCCCGCCGACCCCGCCACCCGCACGCCUGCACCCCCGCCCGCAGCCACCCCUGCACCGGAGCCCUCGGCGGAGCCCACCCCCGCCCCCGCACAGGCCCCUGGACCGGGACCCGAACCCGGACCCCAAUCCGCCUCGGAGUCCAGAUCCACCUCGGGACCCCCAGCCAGUGCUUGCCCAACCUCCAAGGCUGCCGCCGAGACCGGAGCCCCGCGCGCGUUCACGUUCUCGGCCGUCCAGGGGGAUGCCCAGUCCGUGCCCGGCCACGCGGACGUGCGAUGGACCCGCUUCAUUUUCCAAGGGCCCUUUGGGAUCCGGGCCGCCGGCCUGGGGACUGACAAGGCGGCGGGCAUCUGGAAGUCGCCGGCUGCCUAUAUUGGCCGGCGGCCCGGAGUGUCCGGUCCCGAGCGCGCUGCCUUCAUUCGGGAGCUGGAGGAAGUGCUAUGUUCUGACCGACCCCCACCAGUUAAGAAGAUAACCCAGGAAGACGUCAAAGUGAUGUUGAAUUUGCUGGAGGAGAAAGAGCGGGACCUGAGUACGGCGGCUCGCAUUGGUCAAUCCCUGGUGAAACAGAACAGUGCUCUGAUGGAGGAGAAUGGCAAACUGGAAGCAAUGCUGAGCUCGGCCAGGGAGGAGAUUUUGCACCUUAGACAGCAGGUGAGCUUGCGGGAUGACCUCCUUCAGUUGUACUCAGACUCUGAAGAGGAGGAGGAGGAGGAAGAGGAACAAGAGAAGGAGGAGAAAGAGGAGGAGGAAGAAGAGAAGGAGGAAGAAGAGGAAGAGCAUCGGUGUGACUAUCCUCAUGAUGCCCCCAAGCAGACCCCCCUGAAGGAAUCGCUGCACCACUGCCCACAGGUGGAAGCCCUGCAGCAGAAGCUGAGACGGUUGGAAGAGGAGAAUGAUCAGCUGAGAGAGGAGGCCUCCCAACCUGACACCCUGGAGGAGGAGGAGCAGAUGCUCAUUCUGCAGUGUGUGGAGCAGUUUUCGGAGGCCAGCCAGCAGAUGGCCGAGCUGUCCGAGGUGCUGGCGCUCAGGAUGGAGAACCAGGACCGGCAGCAGAGGGAGGUCGGCCAGCUGCGGGCCCAGGUGUUGAAGCUGCAGCAGCGCUGUCAGUCGUAUGGGGCUGAGACUGAGAAGUUGCAGCAGCAGCUGACGUCAGAGAAGGAAAUCCAGCUGCAGGACCUGCGGGAGAAGUACAUGGAAUGUGGGGGCAUGCUGAUUGAGGCCCAGGAAGAGGUCAAGACCCUCCGGCAGCAAGCCCAGGUGUCCACCGGCUCUGUCAUCCACUACACAUACGCCAUGCCUCUGGAGGCACUCCCUGGCUUCCAAGAGGCCCUGGCUGAGGAGCUCAGGACGUCUAUACGAAGGAUCAUCUCGGACCCCAUGUUUUUUAUGGAAAGAUACAAGCAACACUGCCGUUACCGUGAGGAGCGGCAGCAGCAGGCGGCGAGGUUCAAGGCUGAGGAGGGCUCGAUGCCAGAAGAGGAUUUUGUGUCAGUCGAAGACUUCGUGCCUGUGGAGGAGCUGGUGCCUGAGGAGGAGCUGGAAGCGCCCGAGGAAGUGGAGAAGGUGGUGCCAGCCGCCAAGGAGAGGGUGGUAGACGAGGAGGAGCUGGAAGUGGAGGAAAUUGAGGACUGGGAGGAGAUAGAGCCGGAGCUGGAUGAGGAGACACGGACGGACGUGGUUACCUCAGCCCUGGAGGCCAGCAGCUCGGGCCCCUCCCACCUGGACAUGAAGUGUGCCCUCCAGCAGUUAGCCAACUGGCAAGACACACAGUGCCGCCGACAGCUGAGGCAGAAGAUGCUCCAGAAAGGCUCCCCAACCCUGCAGCAGUGGCAGCAGCAGGCCAAAACACACAUGGGGGGCGGGAUCGUGGAGCAACGGCCCGGGGUGCCCACGAAGGACUUUCGGAGGCUGGAGAAGGACAGGGCCAAGCACCCUCCCAGGGCCUGGGAGCAAGAGGGGCCUUCUGGGGCCACCCAGGCCAUUGGGACGAAAGCCUCCGCCACCAAGGGCCACAAUUGGACCAGUCCCCUGGGCUUUGCUGUUUCCCAGCAGCCUGCAGAGGCCCCACAGACAGCAUGA